CCCUUUUCAUUUCAUUUCUCCUAAAGAACACCAACAAUGCAGAGUGUCAUCAACUCAUAUAGACCAAUGUUUUCAAUUCGUUACAAACCUUUAAUUCACAAAUUAAUCUUUCAAUCUCCAAAAUAUUUUCCACCUUCAUAUCAAUUGUCAACAUCUCAAAUACAAAAUUAUGAUGACAUCAACCUUAUUAACAACUACAAAGAUUGGUUAAGUCCAAAUGAAGUCAUUAAAAUAUUCCAAAAUCUCAAAAACCCAAAUUCAGCACUAAUUAUACUUAAUGAAAUCUCAAAAAGAAAAGAUUACAAACCCAAUGAAGCAAUUUAUAGUACAGUUAUAAAAAACCUAGCAAUAGCUAAGAAUUUUGAUGAUAUUGAAACCCUAAUGAAAAAAAUCAAGAAUGAAAGAAAAUGUAGACUUUCAGAUGAUUUUUUCUAUAAUGUUAUUAAGAUAUAUGGUCAUUUAGCUGGUAGAAUUAAUAAAGCAAUUGAUACCCUUUUUGAUAUGCCUAAUUAUAAGUGUUGGCCUAGUGUUAAAACUUUUAAUUUUGUGUUAAAUUUGUUAGUUAAUACUAAGCAAUUUGAUGUUGUUCAUAAGGUUUAUAUACGUGGUAACGAAUUGGGUGUCGAAAUUGAUGCUUGUUGUUUGAAUAUUAUCAUUAAAGGGUUGUGUCGUUGUGGGGAAAUAGAUGGUGCAUAUAAGGUGUUCGAUGAAUUUCCUAAACAAAAUUGUCAGCCUAAUGUUAGGACUUUUUCGACUAUAAUGCACGCGUUAUGUGAGCGCGGUCGUGUUGACGAGGCGUUGGGUUUGUUCGAGAGGAUGGAAAAGGAGGAAGUCGAACCGGAUGCUAUCGUGUUUAAUACGUUGAUUUCGGGGCUUAGGAAGCAAAAAAGAGUUGAUGAAGGGAUUGAGAUGUUCAAGAAAGUAAUGGUGAAAGGUUGUGAUCCAAAUCCAGGUACUUAUCAGGAGGUGUUGUACGCUUUGCUUGAUGCCAAGAGGUAUUUGGAGGCAAAAGAUUUUAUGGCUUUCAUGAUUGAUAAGAGGGUGAAUCCAAGUUUUGAGUCUUAUAAGCUGGUGAUGCAUGGCCUUUGUGAUGGUAAGCUUCUUGGAGAUUUAGAUUGGGUGUUGAGGCAAAUGGUGAGACAUGGAUUUGUUCCUAGGAUGGGUAUGUGGAGGAAGAUUCUGGGUUGCUUGUUUCCUGAUGGAGGUUGCUGUACAACCUAUACUUAUGAUGAAAUUCUUAGAGACUAAAUCUACAAUGUAUUACGCGAUGGUACUUGUGGAAAUUCCCCAUGGAAAGUGUUGUUGCUGAUGUCAAGAGAUACAAGAAAGGAGAGGUUUCCAAGGUGUGGAGCAAUGGUACCAUGAAGCGGCAUGCUAGAAAUAUCUAAAGCUGUAACCUAUGGUGGCGAGAGCUGCAAGUGAUUCCAAUCCAGCUGCAAACUGAGCUUGAAGAAGACCAGUUGCUUGCUAAGAUAUUAUUUGGAUUAGGAGAAACGCGAGACUUCGAGGCAAGAAGAGCAGCUUCGUCAGUGCUAAUAUUGGGAACAAUAGCCAGUGACUUAUGGUGAUGAAGCAGAACGAAAACUACAAAAGCAAAGAGAAGAUUCCAACUUAUGCCCAUAACUAUAACAGUCAGGUUUCUCUUUUUUUCCUAAAACAAGAAUUGAUGAGCUAAUGAUAUCAAAUUCAUUGGAUUACCAAUAUAUACUGUUGUUAGUCUCUGAAGUUUUCUUUCGGUUAAGAGUGUCACUUUUGAGUAUUACAAGUUGUAUUAGUAAAAGCUGGUCAAUCUGUAUUUUGCUUU